UAGCACACAUCUAGCCAGUGCAAGUGAUACCCCUCGUAAGUUCCUAGCCUGUUAUGCGUAACUGAAGUGCUAGGUAGCCAAGAACGUAGAGCUUACUGGAAACAUCCUGACGAAGGCAUGAGACCCCACGCGCUUUCUCGCAGCCUAUUGCAUUUAGGCAACCGGCGCUACUACUACUUACAAUACCAGAGUACGUUAUGGCAACUACAGCAAACGCGCAAUUCCUCGAGCGACAGUGAUUCCUCUGGUGGAUCUGGGCUGCUGGGCAAGCUAUUUAGGGCCGGCCUUGGCAACAAGCACAAGGAGCCCGCUGACUCAGACAGCAGUGGCGCUGCUGGCAGCAGCGGCAGCAACAGCAAUGGUCGCAGCGGCGCCGAUGCCUCCGCCGAUGAUGCCCUGGUGCCAUCGGGUCCCGAGCGCAAGCACCACAAGGUGUUCGUUGUGGAGCUGUCUCGCAAGCCCCUGUUCCCCGGCAUCUACACGCCGGUCAUCAUCAGCAAGAAUGAGGCGCUAGUUAAGGAGAUCCUGGAGGUCAAGCGGCAGGGCGCUCAUGCCUACGUGGGAGCCUUCCUGAAGCGUUCCUCCGACUCCUCAUCUUCCUCCUCCUCCUCCCAGCAGCAGGGCGGCCAGGGCCCGCAGGCCCAGCAGAGCACCAACAUGUUUGGUAUCCCGCAGGCGGCGGAGGCGGGGGAUGCCGCAUCGCACCUGUACGACAUUGGCACCUUUGCGCAGGUCCACACCGUGCUGGCGGGCGACAGCGGCGACUCGGCUCAGCUGCUGCUGCUGGGGCACCGGCGAGUGCGCAAAACCAAAGUGAUCUCCUCCGACCCCCUGCGAGUGCACAUCGACCACCUGAGGGACGAGUCGUACACCAGCGAUGACAUCCUCAAGGCCACCAGCAUGGAGAUCGUGAACACCAUGCGCGACCUGCUGCAGCUCAACCCGCUGUACGGCGAGCAGUUCAGGACGCUGCUCAGCCUAACCGGCAGUAUCGACCUGCAGGACAUGUCCCGGCUGGUGGAUGCGGCCGCCAGCCUCACCUCCGCGGAUGAUGCCACACUGCAGGGGGUGCUGGAGGCGCUGAGCGUGCCGGAGAGGGCCCGCAUGGUGUUGGCUCUGCUUAAGAAGGAGGUGGAGCUGUGCAAGCUGCAGGCCGACAUACGGGAACAGGUAGAGGGCAAGAUCGCUAAGGAUCAGCGGCGCAUGCUGCUGAUGGAGCAGCUGAAGAGCAUCAAGAAGGAGUUGGGGCUGGAGCGGGACGACAAGAGCGCGCUGCUGCAGCGGUUCAAGGAGCGGUGGGAGGAGAAGCGGGGGGUGGCGCCGGCAGAGGUGGCCAAGGUGGUGCAGGACGAGCUGGACAAGCUGGGCGGCCUGGAGCCCGUGUCCCCCGAGUUCAACAUCACGCGCACCUACCUGGAGUGGCUGACCAGCCUGCCCUGGGGCUGCACCACGGAGGAGGUGUUCGACCUGGGGAGGGCAAAGAAGGUCCUUGAUGACGAGCACUACGGUCUGGACGACGUGAAGGACCGCAUACUGGAGUUCAUCGCGGUGUCGCACCUGAGGGGCAGCGCGCAGGGCAAGAUACUGUGCCUGGUGGGUCCCCCCGGUGUGGGCAAGACCAGCAUCGGCCGCUCCAUCGCCACCGCCCUCAACCGCCACUACUACCGCUUCUCAGUGGGGGGGCUGCAUGACGUGGCGGAGAUAAAGGGACACAGGCGCACCUACGUGGGUGCCAUGCCCGGCAAGCUGGUGCAGUGCCUCAAGUCCACCGGGUCGUCCAACCCGCUGGUGCUCAUUGACGAGGUAGACAAGCUGGGUCGCGGCCACACCGGCGACCCCGCCUCCGCCCUGCUGGAGCUGCUGGACCCCGAGCAGAACUCCGCGUUCCUGGACCACUACCUGGACCUGCCGCUGGACCUGAGCAAGGUGUUGUUCGUGUGCACCGCCAACUCGCUGGACACCAUCCCCGGACCGCUGCUGGACCGCAUGGAGGUCAUCCGGCUGUCAGGAUACGCACAAGACGAGAAGCGCGCCAUCGCCCGCCGCUACCUGGAGCCCUCCGCCGCCUCCGAGGCCGGCGUGCCGCCCGCCUCCGUCUCCCUCACCGAACCCGCCCUGGAGUCGCUCAUAAGCGAGUACUGUCGCGAAGCGGGGGUGCGCAACCUGAAGAAGCACAUCGAGAAGGUAUACCGCAAGGUGGCACUGCAGCUGGUGCGCGCGGGGGCGCGGCCGGUGAGGGAGGAGGAGGAGGAGGAGGGUAAGGGUAAGGAAGAGGCGGCGGCGUCUUCUAACGAGUCUUCGAGUGAUAGUGGUAGCGCUAGUGCUGAUAAAGUGGAGGAGAAGGCGGAGGCUCCUAGCGAGGGCAGCAGCAGCGGCAGCAGCAGUGGUAAUGUCAAGGACAGCAGCAAGGACGGCAAGAAGGACGGCAAGGACGGCAAGAGCAAGAGCGGCAAGGUGCGGGUGGUGUACGACGGUCCCCCGGUGGUGAUCGCCCGGGAGCAGCUGAAGGAGUAUGUGGGGCAGGCGCCCUUCGCGCGGGACAAGUUCUAUGAGACCACACCGCCAGGUGUGGUCAUGGGCCUAGCCUGGACCCCCCUGGGCGGCGCCACCCUCUACGUUGAGGCCGCCAAGGUGUCCGGCUCCGAAGCCAAGGGCUCCCUCACCACCACCGGCCAGCUGGGCGACGUGUUCCGCGAGUCGGCAACCAUCGCCCACACCUUUGCACGCAACUUCCUGGCAGACCGCGACCCCGCUGCGGCGGCGGUGCUGGCGGGGUCGGCGCUGCAUGUGCACGUGCCGGCGGGCGCCACCCCCAAGGACGGCCCCUCCGCGGGCUGCACGCUGGUGACGGCGCUGCUGUCGCUGGCGAUGGGGAAGAGCGUGAAGCCGGAUCUGGCCAUGACGGGCGAGGUGACGCUCACCGGCUGCGUGCUUCCCAUCGGCGGUGUGAAGGAGAAGGUGCUGGCGGCCCGGCGCAGCGGCGUGAGGGUUGUGGUGUUCCCCGAGGGCAACCGGGCGGAGUACGAGGAGCUGGGGCAGGAGCUCAAGGAGGGUCUGGAGCCGCACUUCGUGGCCACCUACGACCAGAUCUACCAGCUUGCCCUGGGACACUAGCAGCAGGGGG